AUGUCUGGAAUCAUCCACAAGGUCAAGGACGCCGUCACCGGCCACCACGACAAGGAAUCCACUCAGCAGCCUACCUCUUCUUCCUCCCCCGACUCCAAGACUGCCGACAAUGGCCCUCAUGACUCCAAACUCAUGAACAAGCUUGACCCCCGCGUCAACAGUGAACGUGAGGCCCGUGAAUCUCAAUCUGCUUCCACCGGCGGCUACGGCACCAGCACCAGCACCAGCACCGGCCCCCAGUCCGGCUCCUACGGCGGUGGCGUGACUGGCUCGACGGGCUCGACUGGCGGCUACGGCUCUCAUUCUGGCGCUGGCACCGGCUACGGUGAUACUACCACUUCUGGUGGCUACGGCUCUAGCACCGGUGGCUACGGUUCCCAGUCCGGUGCUGGCACGGGCUCGUACGGCGCCGACACCACUACUUCUGGCGGCUACGGCUCUGGCCAUACCGGUACUACCGGCACCACUGGUGGCUACGGCUCCAGCACUGGUCACUCUGGUUCCACCGGCGGCUACGGCUCUCACUCCGGCACUGGCACGGGCUACGGUGCUGACACUACCACCUCCAGUGGUCUGGGAUCCAGCACUGGUCACACUGGCUCCACCGGCGGAUACGGUUCUGAGCCCACUACCUCUGGUGGCUUGGGCUCCUCCACCGGUGGCUAUGGUGGCUCUACUGGCGGUUAUGGCAGCUCUACCGGCACCACUGGUGACAACUUCGGCUCCAGCACCGGUGGCUACGGCUCCACCACCACUGGCACUGGUGGCUAUGGCUCUAGCACUACCGGCACCACUGGCGGCUACGGCUCCAGCACCACCGGAACCACGACCGGCCCCGGCUCGUACGGCCACUCCGGCAGCACCUCUGGCGACUACGGCUCUCGCUCCUCCAACGCCGGACCCCAUGACUCGAACCUCCUGAACAAGGUCGACCCUCGCGUCGACUCUGACCGCGACAACCGCGCCCGCCACGAGGCCAUGGCCACCAACAGCUACGGUGAGCCUGGCGGCUACACCACCGGCUCUGGUGGCUACCGUGGCGCCACCACCGCCGGUCCUCACGACUCGAACUUGAUGAACAAGGCCGACCCCCGUGUGGACUCGGACCUCGAUAACCGCGGAAACGUCGGAUCGCAGCGUUUCUAG